UUUUUUUUCUCCCCUUCUCUAUAACGUACAAGUCACGAAAAAUAUCUGAUUUUUUUCUUUAAUUUUCAUCAUUUUCUCUCUCUAUCUUUUGCUCCUUUAAAAGGACCAUCCAACCAAAGCAUUCUAAAAGCGACAUCAGGUUUUGUUCUAAGUUUGUGACUGUCUUUUGUUGUCGUUUGUUUGUCUCUCUGCUUGGUUUCAGUUUCUUCUUUGUGUCUCUGCUCCCUUAACCUCGAUUAUGUCGUGAAUAAGAUACCAAACAAUGUUUCAUAUACUGUUGAUUGGAUUUGAGUUGAUGAAUUUGUCAUGCAAAUGUUUUGUUGCGUACAAAGGAAGCUGUUUUGAUUGAAUUCAAGCGACCCUAGUGAUAUUUUGGAUCCAAGUUUCAUUCAUUCAUUGGAGGAUUAAAAAAACUGAAAACCUUGUUACUACAUUGAUUAUUUAAGAAUAAUUGAUUACAAUGCCGUAUAUUCAAAAGUUGUAUGAUAUCUGUAAGGCUUCCAUGACUCCUGACGGACCGAAGUCAGAAGAGGCUCUCCAAAAAGUUCGAGCCAUUUUAGAUUCGUUGAAGCCUGCUCAUGUCGGUCUUGAUCAUGUGGCGCAACUUGCACGAGCUUAUCAACGAUCUAUGAAUGGUGCUAAUGGUGCUAAUGCUAAUGGUGCUAAUGGUGCUAAUGCUAAUGGUGCUAAUGCUAAUGGUGCUAAUCAGACUCCAGAUAUUACGUACAUUCACCUUCAUGAGUGCGACAAGUUCUCCAUGGGAAUUUUCUGUAUGUCUCCUGGUUCUGUUAUUCCGCUUCAUGAUCAUCCUAGAAUGACUGUUUUAAGCAAGGUUCUCUACGGUUCGUUGCGUGUGAAAGCAUAUGAUUGGGUUGACUUGCCUGCAUCAUGUGAUCUGUCUCAAGCUGCAGCGAGACCAGCAAAACUUGUCCGAGAUUGUCAGAUGAAUGCUCCUUGUGACACAACAAUUCUCUAUCCAAAUAGGGGCGGCAACCUCCAUUGCUUCCAAGCCAUAACCCCUUGUGCUCUCUUUGACAUUCUUUCCCCUCCUUACUCAUUGGAAGAAGAAGAAAAUGGACGAAACUGCUCUUAUUACCGUAGGUCGCUGAUGACAGAUCUUCCAGUGGUUGCGGAGCUGCGCAGGAUGAAUCGAUCUGAAAUUACCUGGUUAGAAGUGACUCCGGCACCUAGCAGCUUGGUUAUUGGGAAGGGGGAGUACAAAGGCCCUAAUAUUCGGCGAUGAAGGAGACGGCUUAUUUGUUCUUAUGUAACAUUGGUCAGGCUUGACUAGAAACUAUAUUUGGUGGGGUGUUAUUAUUAAUUACUGAUGGAAUCUGUUUGGUAUGUAUGGCUGUUAAUUAAUUGUACAGGCUAUGAUAAAUUAUGGCUGUGAAUGUUGAUUAUGCCAUGUUUUUCUAGCUUACCUUUUUAGAUUAUUACUUAGACAUGGUUAUCUUUGGUGGAUGUUAAUACCUUGCUUAGACAUGUGAAUUAUUAUGACUUUCUUAUUUGAAUGAAUUAUGGUAGUUCUUAUUUGAAUGAA